AAAUCGACGGCGAUGUGCGGUUUGAUGUCACCCCGAUGGCAGUCUUAUGUUUCCGCAGCGUAUAUGAGUUUUGGUUCUAUUUUCUGUGCAUAUAUACUCAGUCAGAUCUCUGUUUCGAUCCGCGAACAUAGUUUUGUCUUUUUUUCACCAAUUUUUUCGAUUUAAAAUCUUUCUCGAUCAGCCACAGACUUUCCCCAUGAAAACCUUUUCCUCUUAGUGUAUGAACAACUAAGCAAUGAUCUAUUUGCUCCCUCGUUUUUCCUACUAUCAUUUCUGUUUUGUUAAAUUCUGUGAUAAAACAUAUUUUUCUGUAGGAGAAAUGUUAUGAUUCUUUCAUAUCGUUAAUUUGCAUGAUCAACCCAAUCAUUUUUUCUUUGUAUAGAACUGGAAUUUGAGGCUUAAGCUUCGAGUUCUAUAUAUGUAUAUUUGCCUCAGCAAUGGAGAAUCUCUGGGUUUCGUUUCAUUUCUUGUUUCCGGUAUUAAUUCUUGCUGUGCUUGCUCCAUUUUCUAUGGCUCAACUGAUUCCAAGCGAAACCCGAGUUCUUUUCCAAGUUCAAGAGCUCCUUGAAUACCCUGCAGCUCUUCAAGGAUGGACAAAUUGGACCAACUUCUGUUACCUCCCUCCCUCACCUUCUCUCAGGGUUGUCUGCUCAAACAAUCGCGCAACCGAAUUAACUAUUGUCGGAAACAAAAGCUCACCUUCUCACAGCCCAAUACUUGCUUCGGGGAAAUUCAAAGUUUCGCAGCAAACUUUAUCUGAAAGAUUCUCCAUUGAUUCUUUCUUCACUGUUCUAACGAAGCUUUCCAACUUGCAAGUGCUGUCACUUGUUUCCUUGGGACUGUGGGGUCCUUUACCAUCCAAGAUCAACCGCUUCAGGUCACUUGAAGUGCUAAAUGUUAGCUCCAACUUUAUUUAUGGACAGCUUCCUUCAUCAAUUGCUUCGUUGAAGAAUCUGAGAAGUCUUGUUUUGGCUGAUAAUUUGUUCAGUGGGAGUGUUCCAGAUGUUAAAAGUCUCGUAGUUCUUCAAGAACUGAAUUUGGGUGACAAUCAUCUGGGACCGGGAUUUCCCUCACUAAGCAACAGUCUCGUGAGUAUUAAACUGAGAAACAAUUCCUUCAGAUCUCAGAUUCCCUCAAAAGUCAGGAACUUUGCUCAGCUCCGGCAGUUUGACAUCUCUUCUAAUGAAUUUCUUGGACCAAUCCCAUCUUUUCUGUUCUCUCUGCCUUCGAUUCAGAAUCUUAGUUUGGCCAAAAAUCAACUAAGGGAGACUCUUCCUAUAAAUAUAUCGUGCAAUGAUGAGCUUAAGCUUGUAGACAUUUCACACAACCUGUUGACAGGCAAACUGCCAUCCUGCUUGGCAUCAAAGCCUUCAAACCUGACUGUACUCUACUCGUGGAACUGUUUGUCUAGCGGAAACUCAAAAUAUCAGCAUCCAUAUAGAUUUUGCCACAAAGAAGCAUUGGCCGUUAAGCCUCCAAUCAAAAGUAAGAAGCGGGCGUCCAGCAUCAAACUAGGCCUAAUACUCGCUAUCAUUGGAGGUGUCGUGGCCAUUGCUGGAAUUCUUGGACUGCUGAUCUUGGUCAUUGUCAGAAGGACAGGUGAGAGGAGAGAUAAAGAUAACAAAUUUGACAGAUCUGUAGUCGACAAAACGUCCAUUCGUAGCUCCCCAAGAUCAAACGUGGAUGCAAGGCGCUUGCCGCAGACAAUGAGGUUAGCAGCAGCACUCGGGCUCCCACCAUAUCGUGUUUUCACAUUGGAGGAGAUGGAAGAUUUGACAAAUAAUUUUGACCCAUCAAAUUUGAUUGGGGAAGGAUCUCAAGGACAGCUCUAUAAAGGUUGGCUAAGAGAUGGUUCGGUGGUCCUGGUGAAGUGCCUCAAAUUGAACCAAAAGCUCUUGACUCAAAGCUUGGCGCAGCACAUGGAAGUGUUAUCCCAGAUGAGACAUCGGCAUUUGGUCAGCAUCCUUGGACACUGCAUUGUCAGUUAUCAAGACCAUUCCAAUGCAGCUAGCUCUGUUUUUAUUGUUCUCGAAUACGUCCCAAAUGGAUCACUUGGGGAUUAUCUUAGUGACUGGAGAAAAAAGGAGAUGCUGAAAUGGCCACAGAGAAUGGCAAUUACCAUUGGCGUCGCGAGAGGUGUCCAGUUCUUGCACACAGGGACUGCACCUGGCGUGUUUGGUAAUAAUUUAAAGAUCGACAAUGUUUUGUUGGAUGACAGCCUCACCGCAAAAAUUAGUAACUAUAACUUCUUGCCAUUUAAGGUAGGUUCAGACAGCCCUCGCCCUGGACAAGACAAUCAUAUCAGCAGCACUGAGACGGCAGAAAAAGAAGAUAUUUAUCAGCUAGGUGUUAUCUUACUUGAGGUUAUAACCGGUAAACGGAUCACAUCAGCCAUUGAAGUGACUGACUUAAAGCAUCAGCUUGAGGAUGGCCUAACAGAAUCAGCAUCAAAAUUAAGGGCUGCAACCGAUCCCUCCAUUCAGGGAUCUUUCGCAUAUCAAUCAUUAAAGACCACGGUUGAAAUUACUCUCAACUGCCUGUGCAAGGAUUUGUGCAAGCGGCCUUCAAUAGAAGACGUUCUCUGGAAUUUGCAGUACUCAAUUCAAGUUCAAGAAGGAUGGACCAGUAGCGGAAACCUAAGCACACAGAUGUAGUGCUUUAGUUGAAGAUUAUUAUAAUGCUGUGGCUGUCGGCAUUUCAUGCUGCUACAAUUCAUUUAUCAUAAAAAUUAUUGUAAAUAGAACUUCCCUUGCCCUGCAUUUGUUACCAUAUUAUUUGCUACCAAUUUUCCUAUGGUUUGA